AACAUAUGCGAAGGAUAAAGUAACAAUUUUUUAGCGGCCAGAGCAGAGCCCAUAACUUGGGUCAGUGACUCGGUGCCUUGCUUUGGGAUGAGCAAGAAAACCAUGAAGGGACCACAGCAAUCGUGACGUCAUCCAUCUUCUUCGUCGCUCCCUAGGCACUGCAUCCAAUCAAAUUUUCUUUUUCUUUUUCUGUUUUCAGUAGUGAAAUUCAGCUGAAGCCCUGCUAUGGCGACUCCGUCUGAUGCUCCGCCGAGUUCCGGCGACGGAAAGGCCCCAAACCCAGUUUCACAAGUCAUACAGCCAAUUAGUGGUGAUGGUAAUGAUACUAAGGUAGAGGGUGUGAAGGAGAUUUCUCCCUCUUCAGUGUUUGUGAACAAAGAACCGAUUCGUGAAGACCAAGUAGAAAAUGCCAUCAAGUUUCUGUCACACCCGAAGGUUAGAGGCUCCCCUGUCAUGUAUAGAAGAUCCUUUCUUGAGAGGAAGGGUCUCACGAAAGAGGAGAUUGAUGAAGCAUUUCGUCGUGUUCCGGACCCAUCCCCAGCUGUUACAACGACUCCACCAGUCGUCACUGGUCAAGAUGGUCAGAUAAAAUCUUCAUCAAAUGGUUUACAGCAACCUUCAGCACAAGUGCUUCAACCUGCAUCUGUUGGGCCUGUGGCCAACAAUUCAAAAAUGGGGAUAAUAGCUCGAUUCCAAUGGUAUCAUGCUAUUUUUGCUGUAGGGUUUUUGGCUGCAUCGGGGGCUGGAACAGUUGUGCUUUUCAAGAAAACAAUCAUCCCCCGGUUGAAGACUUGGAUUCGCAAGGUUGUUUCGGAAGAAGAUGAAGCGGGUUCGAAUAAUGAACAUAUUACAAAGAUAAAUGUAGCUCUAGAAGCUUCAGCUGCUGCAAAAGCUGCUGCAGCUGCAGCAUCUGAUGUGGCUCGAGCAAGCCACGACAUGUUGAUGGCAAAAAGUGAAGUACUCAUGGUUGCCUUUGUAUCUGUUGUUUUCUCAGAAAAGAGAUGCUUUGAGGAGCUUAUCAAUAUGUUGAGUGUGCAAACUCAUGAGAUGAAAUCGAUGAGUAAUGCAAUACAGAAGCUGGGAAGUGGCCAAAGUGUGAAUGGGAGAUUUACUGUUGAGGAUCAGGCCAACCAGAGGGUUUCAAGGACUAGUUCGAAGCAACUUUAUGGCAAUGGAAAUGGAAAUGGCUAUGGCAAUGCAGAUGUUGAGUCAUCCUCAGUGAGAUCUUUGUCUCCACCUGCACCUACGGAACCUUCUGUUGCUCCUCAUCCUAAGUCGUACAUGGAGAUAAUGGCUAUGAUACAAAGAGGGGAAAAACCAUCUAAUAUAAGGGAGAUCAAUGACGCACCACCGAACCCAAAUCAACCCGUAUCAAAUCCUCGUGUAGCACCAAGGCCAAAGCCGUGGGAUUCGAAUCAAACCCAGAACAACAGCUCUUUCAACCCUUAUUACCCGUCUCAAGAGAACACCCCAAAUUACGAAAAUACCCCUUGGUGGCAGCAAAAGCAGAGCCCAAUAAUCACAGAAAUGGAAACUGGCAACGAGUCGAAAUCGGGCCCAGGCAGCGAAAGGCCCGUUAAGAGGGCUGCGUGGGUCCCACCUCAGCCGCCGCCAGUUGUCAUGCCCGAGGCUGCUGCAGCCAUACGACAGCCGAAAAAGUCCUCGGUUUUGACCGACGACCAACUGCUGGCUGCUCAGCCCACGGAAGAAAUAACCGAUGAGUUGCAGAGAAUUACGAAAAUAUCCGAAUCAGGUGGAAACAAUGAGAGUUCUUUUUCCGGGAUUCAAUCUUCUGGUGAGAUCACAAAGGAAGAAAACGGGUCGUAUUUGGAGGCUUGAAGGAGCUCUUUAUGACCGUGGAAAAAAGGGAAACUGGUUAGUCGUACGGGCCCGUUUAUCUGAUUUUAGUUUUUUAUUUUUAGUUACGGUUUACGCUUUAAAUGAAUAAAUAAAAAUUUUUACUCAUAUCUGCAUUGUGGCUUAAGAGGAGCUCGUGUUGUGUAUUAUGACCAAUACAAAUUGCUAGCAUGGUGUGUAUACUUGCAAAGCUUCUUUGUCUGCAGCCAAAAAAUGAAUAAUUUUGGNAAAGGAAUCCCUUUAAGUUGUGUCAAAUUACAAUGAA